GGAAGCAGUGGACGUAUACCAUGAUACCAUCCCAUUGUUUACGUUUUUCGUUUUAGAUAGAAUGAUUGAAAUCGGAUAGAUCUAGAAUCUAGAUCUAGAAUCUAUAUAGAGUGUAAAGUCUAGACUAGAUCUAGAUUAAUUAACGAGAGCUAAAAUUACAAAUAGUGUAAUGUAGAUCUACUUUAAAUUAAAGAGUGUAUCUCUAGGAGUUAGUAGGAGGACUAGAUCAAAUUUAUCUAAAACUUUAAGUAAUCUCCAUUCAUCAACUUCUGUAUAUUGUAACAGAAAAGGAGAAAAGUAAACAUUUUGUUUCAAAUAUUAGACUGACAUUAUUAGCAAAGGUUAGAUAAAUGUCUGAGAAUAUAGAAAAUGAUGAGAUGCUGUUGAGUGAGGGGGUUUCAAAGGCUACAAGCAGCAAGAAAGAGGUUAGCCUUUCAAGCUUACUAAACUGUGACUUGUAUGCAUAUGAUCUUCUAUGGAGCUUGUUUGUUGCUGCAGCCAAAAGCUACAGAUUCAAUUCUAUUCUUCAUCCCUUCCCGCCUAUGUAUAGCUCAGAUACAGUUGAGGAAAAAAAUAUACCUGCUUUGAGAGAUGUGAUUUCUAGAGUUCCAGCUCUGUUAUCUAAUUCCAACUUUGAUCACAUACUCUCUAAAGAUUGUAAAGAGCUUUUGUCUUGGGUUCUGACAACCAAACAUUUUAGUCUUAAAUUUUGUGAUAAAGAGUCUUGUUUUCAAACUAUCAAAGAGCUUACAGGACAAGUCAUGUCUACAACACAACCUGAUUUUGUUUUUGAAGUUGUUUACAGCUUGGAGAAAGAGAGGAAGUUUGAACAAUUGAAAGGCUCCAGAAAAACUUUCUUUGCCUACCAUGGCAGUCGCCUUGAUAACUUUUAUUCAAUACUUCACAAUGGACUCAAUUCUUAUCUCAAUAAAGUGGGAAUGUUUGGAGAAGGUACUUACUUAUCCAGUGAGCUUUCUGUUUCACUUAUAUACAGUCCUAAUGGAGAAGGCUGGAGAAAUAGUUGUGUUGGUGCCAAGCUGUCCUGUGUGGCUGUGUGUGAGAUGAUUGAUGAUGCAAGUGUCAAAUGUCAAAUUAAAAAAGGCAGUACUUCUGAACAGAAACAAAGAGCCAAGGCAUCAAACAUCACUGAAGAUGUACCUGAGAAAUACUAUGUGGUGCAGAAUGAUGAUGUCAUAAGGGUCAAGUAUUUGCUCAUCUAUAAACUGGACACUAUCUCUCCUGUAUCCACAAUGUCAUGGCUGCAAGAGUACAAGUUUCCUCUCCUGAUGUUGGCUUAUUUCAUUUUGCUUGCUGCCAUUGGACUUGUCAACUCACGUCUAGUUGUGAACUCUCUGACUCGGUUUUACAAGAGUCUGACUUUGUAACAUUUGUCUUUUUAGGUUACUCUUUUUGUUUUUGUGGGGUGGAGUACAUUUUAUACGAUAUUAUGUUAUCAACAAAUUUUACCACAUAGACAAUAUAUUUCUAAGUGAUAAGUAUGUGAGAGCUAGUAGGUUGUCACAUUCUGAACUGUUAGAGUGAAAUAUAUUGAGCUUGCUCUAUUACUCCUUGUGAGAUUUAUCACUAACUGCAUGAUUUAGAUUUGUGCAAACAUCACCUCACAGGUUUCACUUGACCAUCUACUGCGACUAAUUUAGCCAAGUCCAUUCUUUCAAAACAUAACUGCUAAUGAGACAAUUUAAUUGAUAACUGUUAUCCAAACACUGUCAGUCUGAAAUGGGUUAUUUUCUUUUCGAAAUGGGUGAAUGACUUUUGUAUAUAGACUUCUAUUAUGGAUGGUAUGUAUAAUGAAAGUUGAGGGGCCCAAACUGGGAAACGUGUAUAUAGAAAUGUGAAGAGUCAGUUUUUGUUGUUGCAUACAUUAAGCUGUAAAGAAUACAUAUGAUUUUCUUCACCUGAUUAGAAAAUAGCCUACAAUUUAUGACUUGCUCACCUUUCCAAUUCGCAAAACUAAUCAACAAUGUGUAAUGUUAUAGGGGUUGACCAUAUGUCUAAAGUAAUUUCACCAAAAAGACAUGAAUUUAAUAAAAUCAUUAACAUUCAUAGGCUAGUAGAGGUCAAUAAGUAGAACAUAAAUACACUUUCAUUAUCUCAACAGCUGAUCUAUUGAUCAAUGUACAAUAAUUAUCAGGGUUCAUUUAUGUUGUUUGACAUUACUUUCAAAUGACAACUUUUGUCCCAUUUGAAUUACAUCAUGCUGAUCAAUUGGCAUUGUUCUUAAAAGAAAUUUUGUCAAUACAAAUUGUUGAUGAGAACUAAUUCUCAAGAUAUGUGCAAUCAUGGAAUCUUCCUGAAAAUUCUUUGACUAAUAUUAACCUCAGGUGACUUUCAAAUACAACCAAAUGACUUACAAACUUAAUUUCAUUUUGGCACUAUUAUAUGCCUAGAUGCUACUAAGAAUGAAUAAUUUAUUCUAUUUUUUCUUAUUAGUAUUUAUUAGGAGGCACCACCUGGAAGUGUUUCUUUUCUAAAAGAUGUUUGUUGCCAUGUCAUGCAUUCUACUCAAUUUUGCAUAAAUAUUUAAUAUUGACGCCUGGUCUGAUAAAACUAACUUUAUUGAUGUUCAUUUUCAUCAUUAUAUCCACAUUUGAAAUGAUGUGCCUUUGGUUUUGUUUCUAACCUGACAUUUUAUUGGUUUGCUCACUAACAGUGUUCUAAUCUUAGAGGUACAGAAAGUAAAAAAAAAAAAAUAAACUUAUCAUUUUUCUUUUUUUUUCCUAAUUUAAAGGUUUUCCUGAUAAGUAAAUUAUUAUUUUUUUUUGUGUAGUAACAAAAGCAACAUUCUUUCAAAGUCUCAUUCUGUUUUGUGUUGUUGUUUUUUUCAAUUUAUAUAUGUGGCAACAUUGUUGUCCUGAAUGAAACAAUAUGACAUAUUUUUUCUUUUAUACAAUUAUUCUACAGCUCUUAAGAAAGCUAACACUUUUUUUUUCUUUUUAAUCUAUACUUAAAAAUUGAUUUGAAGUGAUAUACUAACAUCCUUAUGAAAUAUUCAUAGAAUAUUCAAAAUAUUAGUAUUCUCUUGGCACUAGCAUUGAUAUAGGCCCUACAUAUGAUCAGAGGUACAAAUGUAAUUUAUAACAACUCAACAACUAUUUCACAAUGAAAUCGAUCAAUUUAUCCAUUCAUUAUUGGAUAUUAAUGUGUUCUCAAUAAAACUUGUAUGUUUUGUAAAUUGCAUUGAGAUACUUAUCAUUAGUAUUAAUUUGCUAAUUCGACAAUUGCCUAAAAUAUUUUGUUUCACAAAUAUAUGUAUAUACAUAUUAUUAUCUUGUUCCAGUUAAGAAUUGUUUAGAAUGAAAUUGAAGUUUUGAAAUCCACAACUGACCAACUGUGAUUUUUUUUUUUUAGAAUUAUAAUGCUCUAUCUUUUUAAUCAUUGUGUUGAACAUGUCAUUAUUUUUUUAGAACUCAUAAAUCCAUUUUAUGCUUGUUGCUAAAUUUCAAAACAAUGAAUUUCUUUUGAUUGUCUAUGCAAGCUUUUAAUGUUGGUUUUAAUGUUAGCGUGUGUGGCUAACUUGUGAUCAGGUCAAUAAAAGAAAAUUA